GUUUUAUUUUGAAAAACUGGACUGAUCCUCCAGACGGUUGGUUGGCUGCCAAAGACGCUGGACCAGGAAGAGAAAGUUUGCUGUGGCUGAUUUCACAAGUUAACUACGAGUCAAUUCUCAGUCGUUUGGCGUUUUGUUGGUCUAUCUGUAACCGGUUAGCUUCAGAAGCCCUCAGCAAAGAUGGGUUUGCAAUGGACAGCUGUGGCGAUCUUUCUGUAUGCAGAGAUUGCCAUGAUUGUCAUCCUCUGCUUACCCUUCAUCUCCGCCAGGAGAUGGCAGAGCAUUUUCCAACUGAGGAUCUGGAAUUUUAUGGCGAGGUUUUGGAACAAAGUGUUUCUCACCAUGAUCAUAAUACUUAUUGUUCUCUUCCUUGAUGCUGUCCGUGAAGUGAGGAAGUAUUCUGGCAAAGAAAUUGGCACAGAUGCCAAGCUGCAACCAAAUAUGUUUGACCAUCUGCACAUGAAACUCUUUAGGGCCCAGAGGAACCUCUACAUCUCUGGCUUUGCCGUCUUCCUCUGGCUGGUUAUGAAGCGACUGGUCACCUUAAUUAACCAACUGGCAUCUGUGUCUGGAAAUACAGCUGCUCUUCAGGCGCAGGCUGAGAGUGCAAACCAGACUGCUGAGAAAUACUUGAAAGACAAUGAGCAGCUGAAACAGACUCUGAUGGAAGGGAAGGGUGACAAAGCUACUGCAGAGGGCAUGGAACUGCUGAGGAAAGAAGUAGAGAAACUAAAGGAAGAACUGAAGACUUCAGGAGAUGCCCUGAAGAAAUCCCAGUCAGAGGCAGAUGGAAUGAAGAAGCAGACGGAGGGCCUCGCCAGGGAGUAUGACAGAUUGUUGAAAGAACAUCAGGAGCUCCAGAAUCUUCAAGACAGUGGAAAUAAAAAGGAUGACUAGCUUUCUUUAAAUGUUUCACGGUUGGUGUGUUUACACGGCUGCUUAGACCAAUCACAUGAGAGCCACUGCAUAUGCUUGACCUUCAUAUAAUGCUGUGUGUCAUAGUGCAUAUCCCAAAACCAGGAUGGGCUGAAGAACAGACUUUUGGCUGGUAUCAGUAACGGUUUUAAAGGAGGUGAAUUUCUGUUUGGGCUCCAGACUGGCUUAAAUUGAGUAAUAUUAGACGGUUUCCUGUUUCUGCCUGGUGCAGUGUGACUAAGAGGAUUGCUUUUUCAAGUGUAUGCUAUCUGGCUGGUGAAUUGUACGAGGUAAUUGGAGAGAAUUCAGUGAGUAAUUGACUCAGGUACAAUCACAGAGCACUUAGUGUGUUAAAUAUGCAACAAAGAUAGGUGUUUGUGGUUUGUGUUGUUUGUUUCAGCCAUUUGCAUAGCGUGGAGUGCAAGAUGUGUCGAGAGCUAGAGCAACCUAUUCCUGCGUUAAACGUCUUCAAAUGUAUUUUUCUAUUAAAGGUUUUCUUCUUUAUUACUGUAUGUUGUAGAGACUCCUGCUGCACUCACUUUGCGCUUGACAGAAGUAUAUUAAGUCAGUGUGUGGCUGCCUGCACGACUGUCUAGGUAGAGUUUGCAUGUACGCUUGCACUUGGACAAAUCAUCCUGACAGGUUUUGGUUGUAUGCGGAUGAUAAUAAUAAUUGGAAAACAUUGAGUUCAUAUCUUCGUUUCCCUUUUGAGUUUCCUCCGUUAAUUUAAAGCUGCAAAUCUCAUACAUAUAAGCAUAAAUAAAAACAGGCACUUAGGAUCGUAUUUUAGCCUUGGAAUAAAAUAGAGUUAAUGCGGGUCAAAGAAUGUCUUCCGAAUGUUUCCGAUUCACAGAAGUUCUAAAUUCAUUUACAUCUGCUGCAUUGAAUUCCACACACUUAUUAGGGCAUGCUAGGAUUUUUACCUACAGUGUGGGCCAUGAAACAGGACUGUAUGCUUGCUGUGUUUCUGUUAUCUAGACAGAGCUAUGUGACUGUGAAAGAGGAGCUUAGGUUGUAAUUACCAUGUACUAAGGUUUGCUGCUUCUUUAUGCUAAAGUAGCUGUUAUAGGGGUUCACCACAAUUCAUUUUUGGUCAUGAAAUUAGAUAAAUGCUUCCGUUAUGUUUUUUUUGUACACAGAAAUCAGAUUGAAGUGCCUUUUAAGCAGAUAUAGAACAUUUUCUUUAAUAAAUAAAGUAAAAUCUUGAUCCUG